AUGGCUGAAUCGAGGGCCCUGCCUGCUAGCUUUGGGGAGCUGGAGGUGCUGACCGUAGGGACAGUGCUGCUGGUGGAAGCUCUCGCUGGCCUCAGCCUCAAUGGCUUGACCAUCUUCUCUUUCUGCAAGACCCCAGAGCUGCGAACUCCCAUCCACCUGCUGGUGCUGAGCUUGGCCCUGGCGGACAGUGGGAUCAGCCUGAAUGCCCUCAUUGCAGCCAUAUCCAGCCUCUUCCGGCGCUGGCCAUAUGGCUCAGAGGGCUGCCAGGCUCAUGGUUUCCAGGGCUUUGCAACAGCAUUGGCCAGCAUCUGUGGCACCGCAGCUAUCGCAUGGGGGCGCUACCACCACUACUGCACACGUAGCCAACUGGCAUGGAACACAGCUGUUCCCCUGGUACUGUUUGUGUGGCUGUCAUCUGUCUUCUGGGCAGCUCUGCCCCUGAUGGGCUGGGGCCAUUAUGACUAUGAGCCCCUGGGGACAUGCUGUACCCUGGACUACUCUAAGGGUGACAGGGGCUUCCUCAGCUUCCUCUUCACCGCGGCUUUCAACUUUCUCGUACCCCUGUUCAUCACACUCACUUCAUAUCGGCUCAUGGAGCAGAAAUGUGGAAGGAGUGGUCAUCUCCAGGUGAACACCACUCUGCCAGGCCAGAUGCUGCUGCUGGGCUGGGGUCCCUAUGCCCUCCUGUACCUAUAUGCAGCCAUCACAGAUGUGAACUCCAUCUCUCCCAAAAUGCAAAUGGUGCCAGCCCUCAUUGCCAAAACAGUGCCCACGAUCAAUGCCAUUAACUAUGCUCUGCACAAUGGGAUGGUCUACCGAGGAAUCUGGCAGUGCCUAUCACCACAGAGAAGCAAGCAGAACUGA